CCUUUAGAGAAGGUACCCCAAAAAACUAUCAAUUACAUUGCCUUUACAAAGUUACAAAGGAGUACAAGUACUAGGCAAGUAAGUUUUAACAAAUUACAUAUUUCAAAGGAUCAUGCUUGUAGUGGUCAAUGAUCAUUUCUGUUUCGGAGUUUAGGCUUUCCUCCACUUCCUCUGGUGAAGCUAAAUUUGCUACUCCACUUCCUCUGGUGAAGCGAAGAUCCGAAAGAAUCCUUACUCACAUUCAUAUUAUAUUCGAUUCGAUGCAUCCGAUGAUCAUCAUUCAUUGACUCCUUACUACAUUAUCAAAAGCGCUCCACUCUAAAAAGAUCAUCUCCCAUUCUUACUUUAUCAGAUCUUCCCUCCGGAUUUCCAUAUCAUCACAGAUAGUCUAGUCUUAAGCAAUGAAUUUUAUUAUUACUCUACCAGAUCAAUUCUGAAUAUAUUAUAUAUAAGUAACAGCAACACUUCAUCUUCUACCCCCUGAGCUCCCUCUCCCUGCAUUGCAACCAAAUAAAUGGAGUUGCCACAUUUCCUUGUUUAUUCAGUAAUCAUAUCAUUACUUGCUUUGAUCUUCUCCAUCAUUUCCAAAACAUGCAGGCGCAACAGCUUACCGUUGCCCCCAGGCCCCCGGGGAUGGCCCGUCUUCGGCCACAUGUUCAAUCUCGGCAGCUCCCCGCACAGCGCCAUAGCCGACCUUCAGGAGCGCUACGGCCCUGUUGUGUGGCUGAAGCUCGGCUCCGUCAACACCAUGGCGGUGCUCACUGCCGAGGCCGCUGCCGAGCUCUUCAAGAGCCACGACCUCUCCUUCGCCGACCGCUCCAUCGUCGAUACCAUGACCGCGCACGGCUACCCCAACGGCUCCCUGGCACUGGCCCCUUACGGCCCCCGGUGGCGCGUGCUGCGGCGCCUCUGCACCGUCGAGAUGUUCGUGCACAAACGGAUCAACGAGACGGCGGGGAUCAGGAGAAGGUGCGUCGACGACAUGCUGUCCUGGAUGGAGGAGUCUCCGGUGGGGAAAUUCGUGUUCCUGGCGGCGUUCAACACGCUGGGGAAUCUGAUGAUGUCGAGGGAUUUGGUGGACCCGGGGUCGGAGGCGGGGAUGGAGUUCUACAACGCGAUGAAGAGCGUGAUGGAACUCGCCGGCAGGCCUAACGUGUCGGAUCUGUUCCCGUGGCUUGGGUGGCUGGAUUUGCAGGGGAUGAAGAGGAAGGCGAAUCGAGACAUGGGGAUAGCGUUCGGGAUUGCUGCCGGAUUCGUGAGGGAUAGGAUAAGAUCCGGACGCCGCGAUGAGAGAGAUUUCCUGGACGUGCUGCUGGAAUCUGGAGAGCUGCCGGAAACUGAGAUCAUCAUUUUCAUAUUGGAGAUGUUUUUGGCGGGAACGGAGACCACUAGCAGCACCAUCGAGUGGGCGAUGACGGAGCUCCUCCGCAAUCCGGGAACCAUGUCCAAGGCCAAAUCCGAGAUUUCGGCCAUCGCGGGGAAAUUGGAGGAGAGCCACAUCGACCAUCUCCCUUACUUGCAGGCGGUGGUCAAAGAAACUCUCCGUCUGCAUCCCCCGAUUCCGUUCCUCAUCCCGCGCCGCGCUGUCCGCGACCACACAUUCAUGGGCUACUCUGUGCCCAGGAACACGCAGGUUCUGGUGAACGUUUGGGCCAUUGGUCGGGAUCAACAAUGCUGGGAAGAUGCUCUGUGUUUUAAGCCCGAGAGGUUUUUAGGCACCAACACUGACUACAAGGGCCACCAUUUCGAGUUCAUCCCGUUUGGGGCCGGCCGCAGGAUGUGCGCCGGCCUGCCUUUGGGCCACAGGAUGCUGCAUUUUAUGCUUGCCUCGCUGCUUCACAACUUCCACUGGGAGCUGCCCAAUCCUCUCGCCGCCGAUGUGGACGAGAGGAUGGGAAUCACCGUGGGGAAACUCCAUCCCUUGAGACCCAUCGCAACAAAAUGUGUCUAAAAACCUUGCAAUCUACUACUGCUCAUUUAUUAUGACUAGUAAUAAUGAAAAACGAUGGAUCAGCCUUUUCAA